AGGACCCUCAACCACAUGGGGCCUAAUCAAGUCAGUCACGAGGCCUCUGUGGAACAUUAAAGGUAGGGUUGGAGAUCCUGGAAAACGAUUCCAGCAAAGCUGCAUUUUGAAAAUACACAAGUCAAAAGUUCCAGCCCCUUUCUUCAGACUUCCCCCCGAAACCACGCCUCCAGAGUACAGGAACGCGCAAUGCUUGUUCACGAGCAGGAAGGUGCACGAGCUCUGUUCUGGUUCACGAGCACGAAGGUGCACGAGCGCUGUUCUGACCUGUCCGUGGUACUGAAAGCAAGCAAGCAUCGAUUGGCUUUGGCUAACUUUUUGCUAACUUUUUUCAUGGCGGAUUCACAGAGCUCCCAUGAUGAGAGCCUCGCUGGCUCUGAUUGUGAUUAUACGCCGUCGGAGCCAUCCACAUCCAGAGGGCAACGUCAGCGACAGGUGAGAGGAGCACGGGGGCGCAGAGGAGGAAGAGGCAGAGGAAGAGGCAGAGGAAGAGGCAGAGGCAGGGCACGCGGAGAUCUGACAGGGGGUCUAGGAGAACAAGAUCUCCAGAGAGUUGAAGAGCUACAAGCCCAAAGGAUGGCAAGAGAGGAGGCCAGGAUUGAAACACUAAGCUUAGAACAGAGCCUUCAGCUGCUACGGCUCAGCCUGAGACGUGACCCCAGUCAGAUGUUUGAUCUGCUAGAUCAAACAUUUGGUACCCCUCCACCAGGCCCCCCAGUUCCAGGCCAACCCACCUGGUGUGUCUGCACAAACUGCCGGGAAAUGCCCACUGACCUAGAGAGGAAAUGCUGUGGACAACAUCCAGAUACAUGCAUCUCAAUGUUGCCACACAUGGACCUAUUUAUUUUGUCUGAGGGGGUUCUUCGCCUUGCCAGAAGAAUCUGGAACGAUGUCCGGGCAGAGGCAGAUGCUCCAGAAGCGGGAGAGAGCAACCGCCAGUUCCGUUACGCAGCAUACAGACAGUAUGUUGUGUGGCAGUAUGGCGCACUUGGUCAUGGUCGGCGUGUCGUCAUACCUAGUUGCUGCGUUUGGAGGAUUCGGCAGUGUUAUCCAGAUCCACUUGGGCAAUAUAAAGGGUUUGUCCCAAGUAGAGUUUAGCAAAUCUGGUAGCUAUGUACAUAGUUAGCUUUAUUUAUUUUAUUUAUGCACGUCUCAGUUUUGUUCUGCACCCUGUUUGACUUUGUUUGGUCAUCGUUCUUCUU